AUGAUCCAAUCGCGUAACGACGGAAUCACCGAUUCGAAGUUUGUAGACGUUGAGAUGCAGGGGCAUUCUCCCAUCUUGACUUUUCCAUCCCAGGCGUAUGAAGACAACAUGUGUCAGCUCCGAUCGCAUCAACCAGUCGAACACUUCCGAUAUCAUGUCACGCUCAAUGCGCCAACUGCCAUGAUCAAGCAGUCCGACGAGAUUCCUGUGACUUACCUCAACAAAGGCCAAGCUUACUCAGUCUCAAUCGUUGACACGAACCCUACUCUGGUAUCGAACGUUCCGAUGAAGUACCGCACCUUCAUUCGCAUCUCUUUUGAGGACGAGCAACAGCGGCAACGACCGGGAGCCUGCUGGCAGUUGUGGAAAGAAGGCCGCGGAACCAACGAAGCGCACCAACGCGGCGGCAGGCUCCAGGCUGUCGAGUUCGUGGACCCAAAUCAGGCUGUCGGAGACAUGUCUGGCCGCCCUCGAAUCGAGCUUGAGUCGGCUUCGUUUGACGGCUUCUGCGUGACAUGGAGUCCGUCUCCAAACGCGCCAGCAGAAUUUUCGGUCGCCGUUCGCUUCAACUUCUUGUCUACGGACUUCAGCCACUCCAAAGGCGUGAAGGGUAUACCAGUGAGACUUUGCGCGAAGACCCAUCUCCUCACGGAUGAGGCAGCAUCUCCACCUGAGUCAGGGAUCCCAGAGACUUGCUACUGCAAGGUCAAGCUCUUCAGGGACCAUGGUGCCGAGCGAAAGCUAUCCAACGACGUUGCGCACGUGAAGAAGACGAUCGACAAGCUCAAGCAGCAGAUAUCACAGGCCGAGUCCGGCUUGAAAGAGUUUGGGAAACGGAAGCGUAGUGGAUCCGUCGCCAAGAUGAGCGCCAGCAAUAGACCCGGCAAGGUUCCAAAGCAUAAGAGGACAUGGUCAAUGGAUUCGUCAAGCUCAACCGGGAACCGCGCGCCCCCUGAAGAGGACUUGCAUUCCAAGCUCGCGACGCUGCAGGAUAUGUUCACUUCGACUAGGCCGGCAAGCGUCCUCUACCUCCGUGGCGAAGAACUAGACGAUCCGGAUCUGCAUCCAGUUCACCUGUCCGGCGAACCUCAGGACUUGACGAAGGUUGAGCCGAUCCAGGAUACUUCGAUGUGGGAGAGACAGAGCGUUCAUACUACCGGGACUGGCUCGAUCGUUUCUCCAACCCCAAGCUCUCAGUCUCUGCAUUCAAGUGGUCAUGGUCGGCGGAGCUCGACUUUCCAACAUCCCUCAGCAUUCAACCCGCCGUCCAGAGUUUCGUCGGGCGAGUGGCGCAGCAUGCCUCAGACUGCGACUGGGGAUCUUCAGCCAGCGGCCACGCAGCAAAUGAGCCCGUCCAACCUGCCGAUAAAACUACGGAAGGCACACUCAGACGAACAUGGAACCUUGUCGGGUUGGAUCGAAGCUGUUGGUGUAGACUACUCGUAUCAACCUCCUCCAGAGCGGGUGAUCAAACCAGUGGCAUGCCUCUACGUUCAGCCUCGGAUCGUUGGGAGCGUCCCCGAGGACCACUACUACAGGGCUGUGUAUCUCAUCCAACGCACAGUGAAAGACCUUGUGAAUGGCAUCGCGAUGAAGAGCAAGAUCGAGCCUACCAAGGUCGUCCGGACCAUUCGAGUAACGUCCAAAGGACUACACGUUCUCGUUGACGAGGACGCUGUACAAGAAAUCCCCGAAGGCCAAGACAUAAUAGCAGAAUUCUACGCGCUCAAGCCUCACUCCCCCAUACGACGAGAGUGGGACUCCGGCCCAACGGAUGUGCAAGUCGACGGAGACCUCGGCGCACUCGAGAACAUUACCUCUGCUGGCUACGAAUUGAGGCUCAUCUACUGA